GUGAGGCCUAGUCUUGUGUCUUGGUUGAAAUAGAGUUUAGCUCGCAGUAGCUGCGAUGCCUCCCACUCUCCAGCUCCAUGAUUUACAUAGGCUGAUUUCCUUGGGAAGCGCGAGAGCAGCGGAGCCUCCAUGGCAGACUUUCAGGAACUGAGGAAGCGACAGAAACGACCCACGGAGAAGUAUUAACUUCGCAGUUUUCUCGCGUUUCCCAACUCUGAUUCACACUACUCGCACUCGAAUUUACCGACUUAUCGCCUCGUUCAGAUUUUUUAACUCAGGAAACCGUGUGUUUUCUGGGGCUGUGGCGAUGGCCGGUGGCGGCGGGGUGUCGCCGCUGGGGCUAGCGCCUCCGUUGUGGUAUCACCGGGAUCUGAGUCGUGCUGCUGCGGAGGAGCUGCUGGCCCGCGCGGGACGAGACGGGAGUUUCCUGGUACGGGACAGCGAAAGUGUUAACGGGGCGUACGCCUUGUGUGUGCUGUUUCAGAAGCAUGUCCACACCUAUAGGGUCCUCCCAGAUGAAGAGGGAUUCUUGGCAGUCCAGACGUCUCAGGGGGUGCAGCCUAAGCGGUUUAAGACCCUCCCAGAGCUGGUCCUGUUGUACCUCCAGCCCAGCCAGGGACUGGUCAGCACUCUACUGUACCCUGUAGACAGAGAGGAGAGCAUCCCAGAGGACAGGGACUACUCAGAUGGGGAAGAUGAGAAGCCGCCCCUUCCUCCUCGUUCCGCCUCCACCUCCACACCACCUACAGGCUCCGCCCCGGAGACACCAACCGACAGCGCCCCUGCUGCUAACGGCCUGAGCACCAUUUCCCAUGAGUACCUGAAGGGAAGCUACGCUCUGGACCUGGAAGCUGUCAAACAGGGAGCCAGCUCUCUGCCACACCUCAACAAGACACUGGUGUCCUCCUGCAAACGCCUCAACGGGGAGGUGGAUAAGGUUCUGUCUGGGCUGGAGAUCCUGUCCAAGGUGUUUGACCAACAGAGUUCCUUCAUGGUGUCCAGGAUGAUACAGCAGUCGGUGAAUCAGGGUGGAGAUCAGGAGUUGGAGAAUCUGGUCACUAAACUGGCUAUCCUCAAAGACCUACUGUCUUCUAUAGAGAAGAAGGCUCUGAAGGCUGUGCAGGAUUUGAGUUGGUCCACUCUCUCCUCUCCUCCUCCUUCUCUCACACGCCACAGCAAAACCAUCCCUGUACAGGCCUUCGAGGUGAAGUUGGAUGUGAACCUGGCAGACCUGACUAAGAUAGGGAAGAGUCAGAAGCACAGUCUGUCUGUGGACGUGGAGGCGGGGGAGCUAGUGGUGAUGAGGAAGUUGAAGGACAACCAGGAGGACUGGAACACUUUCACACACCACAAGAUCCGUCAGCUGAUAAAGUCUCAGCGUGUUCAGAACAAGCUGGGCAUCGUGUUUGAGAAGGACAAGGAGAAGAGCCAGAGGAAAGACUUUAUCUUCGCCAGUGCUAAGAAGCGGGAGGCUUUUUGUCAGCUGCUGCAGCUGAUGAAGAACAAACAUUCCAACCAGGACGAGCCAGACAUGAUCUCCAUCUUCAUAGGGACCUGGAACAUGGGCUCUGUGCCCUCCCCCAAGGCGGUGGGUUCCUGGCUGUUGUGUCGGGGGCUGGGGAAGACGCUGGAUGAGAUGACCGGAACUAUUCCUCAUGACCUCUACGUGUUCGGAACGCAGGAGAACUCUGUGUGUGACCGUGAGUGGGUCGACUCACUCCGCACCGCGCUCAAAGAACACACAGAGCUGGAUUACAAACCGAUCGCGGUCCAGACUCUGUGGAACAUUAAGAUAGCGGUGCUGGUGAAACCAGAACAUGAGAACCGCAUCAGUCAUGUGGGAGUGUCCAGUGUUAAAACGGGCAUUGCUAAUACACUGGGUAACAAAGGGGCAGUGGGCGUGUCUUUCAUGUUUAAUGGAACUUCCUUCGGCUUUGUGAACUGUCACCUGACAUCAGGCAACGAAAAGAUUGGCAGGAGAAACCAGAACUACCUGGAUAUCCUGCGGCUGCUCUCUCUAGGAGAUAAACAGCUGAGCUCCUUUGACAUCUCUCUACGCUUCACACACCUCUUCUGGCUGGGAGACCUCAACUACAGGCUGGACAUGGAUAUACAGGAGAUCCUGAACUACAUCAACAGGAAAGAGUUUGAUCCUCUGCUGAAGGUGGACCAGCUCAACCUGGAGAGAGAGAAGAACAAGGUGUUCCUGCGCUUCGCGGAGGAGGAGAUAUCGUACCCACCCACCUAUCGUUAUGAACGCGGCUCUAGGGACACAUACGUGUGGCAGAAACAGAAGGCCACAGGGAUGAGGACUAAUGUCCCCUCUUGGUGUGACAGGAUCCUGUGGAAGUCUUACCCUGAGACUCACAUUGUCUGUAACUCCUAUGGCUGUACAGAUGACAUGGUGACCAGUGACCACUCCCCAGUGUUUGGUACGUUUGAGGUGGGGGUCACCUCGCAGUUCGUCUCCAAGAAAGGUCUGCCUAAAUCCUCUGAGCAGGCUUAUAUAGAGUUUGAGAAUAUUGAGGCCAUAGUGAAGACGGCCAGCAGAACCAAGUUCUUCAUCGAGUUCUACUCUACCUGCCUGGAGGAGUUUAAGAAGAGUUAUGAGAAUGACAGUCAGAGCAGUGACAACGUCAACUUCCUGCGUGUGGGCUGGUCCAAUAAGCAGCUGACCACGCUGAAGCCCCUCCUCUCUGAGAUAGAAUACCUCCAGGACCAACACAUGCUGCUCACUGUCAAAUCCCUGGAUGGAUACGAGUCCUAUGGAGAGUGUGUGUUGGCUCUGAAGUCCAUGAUAGGCAGUACAGCACAGCAGUUCCAUACCUACCUGUCCCACAGAGGGGAGGAGACGGGCAACAUCAGAGGGUCCAUGAGGGUCCGCGUGCCUGCAGAGAGGAUGGGCACCAGGGAGAGGCUCUAUGAGUGGAUCAGUGUGGAUAAAGAUGAGAUGGGAGGACCCAAAGGCAGAUCCACCCUGCCCCCCCGAUCAGGACACGACUACGUCAAGCCGUCUUUGACACACAAACACGUGGGGGCGGAGCUUGGGAAGGUGAGCGAGGAGGGAGAGAGGAGCACCAAGGAGGAGGGGACUGCAACCAGGACUAAGCAGGACUCUGCAGAGGGAGACCCCUCCACCUGUAAGAACAACAGCUACAAUAACCCCGCCUACUACAUCCUGGAGGGCGUUCCUAACCAAUCAGCUGCCGCUCUGUCCCCGGAGCACCUCCCCUCCCCCUGCUCCCCCCCAGCCGGUAAGGCACACCCGUCUGGAGGGGGCAGGGGGAAGCCCUCCUCAGGGUCCUCCCACCUCUGCAGGCACACGGCUGGACACCCUGUCAGGCCCAUCAGUGAGGAGGGGUCCUCAGAGGAUGAUGGGAUUGCAGUGGUGGGGGUGGUGUCAGGGGGAGGGGCAGCCCAGGGGGGAGGAGCGGGAGGCACACUGAACCGUCCUCCUCCUGACUUCCCUCCUCCCCCCCUUCCUAAAGGAGCACAGGAGAUGGCCGACAUCCCCUUCUCCAAACCCCGCUCCCUGCACCCCGACUUGGCCGAGGUGAAGAUCCCCGCAGCCAAUCCCAGUCCUGCCUUUGUCCUGGGGGAGGGCUUUAGGAGGGGAGGGGCUGGGGGGCUGGAUGACCAAUCAUGUUCGGUGCUGCAGAUGGCGAAGACACUGAGUGAGAGCGAGUACCCCCCUCCCCCCCGUGCCCCCUCUGCACCCCCCCACCACAGAGGCCAGGGGUUGGGGUUAGGGGACGCCUGUCGCACCUUCCCUCCCCGAGCCCCCAUCACAGAGAGCAUCGCUGAAGAUCUACCAGAGGAAGCGCUGUGGGGAAGCAGUAGCUCGUCUCUCUCCGUGGGGGAGUCCUCUGUGGGAGAGUGGCUACAGAGACUGGGGCUGGAGCGGUAUGAGGAAGGUCUGUUACACAACGGCUGGGACGACCUCGAGUUCCUCAGUGACAUCACUGAGGAGGACCUAGAGGAGGCGGGUGUUCUAGACCCCGCCCACAAGAGGAUUCUGCUGGAGAGCCUGAGACAGCAGAAGCAGCAGAAGUGAGCUGAACCAGUCCAUACUGGGCCAUCCUGGGCCAAACCCAGCUGAACUGAGCUGAGACGUGCUAAUCCAUGCCAGACUGUGCCUUCUGAGAGAAAUUGCACUCCCUCCGUUAUACUUUAUUUUGACAAACAGAUCUGUCAAAUGUCCUUUUUUAGAUGUAUUGUGCUGUGUGUAAGUGUCUUUAUGUUAUUGUAACCGUGGCUGUUGUGUUAGCCAGCCUUAUUUAAACAGUAGAAACAUUUCUGUCCUUUGUUAAGAAUCAAAACAUGGACCUCUACCCUGCCACCCCCCCUAACAGACCCCUUCCCUGC